UGGUCAUGCGGUGACAUGAAAUGGAUAUUAUUUGCUCAGUUAAGAGCAAGUCAUGACUGCGUCUACCGCUUACACUGAAAGCGGAACCUUAUCACACGGAACCAUUCUCUACCGGUUUUAGACAUUCAGUGUGGAGAUAUCAGUAGCGCCCGCGUGUACAUCAUGUCUAAGCGUCUUUACAUAGGAGGACUCAGCCACACUAUCACACAGAAAGACCUGCGGGACCGUUUCGGGAAGUUCGGCUCCGUGGAGGACGUGGAACUCCGAACCAGGAACGAUGAUGAGGGAGUGCCUUACAAGACAUUUGGCUACAUCAACAUCACCAUUUCAGACAGUGAUUUCAAGAAAUGUAUGACUGUUCUGAACAAGGCUAAAUGGAAAGGAGGAACACUGCAGAUCGAGCCUGCCAAGGAGAGUCCUCUGCAGAGACUGGACCAGGAGCGUCAGGCCCGGACCCUGGCCCAGGACAGCCCCGCCAAACCCCCAAAGGACAACAAGGAGAAGGUCCUGGACUCCCUGAGGACCGCCGGAGUGGAGAACUUCCACAUGAAGGCUGCUGUACCAGGGACCGAGGUCCCUGGACACAAGGAGUGGGUGGUGAGUAAGUUCGGCCGAGUGCUCCCCGUCCUGAACCUCCGGUGCGGGAAAGGCAGCAAGAGCAGGAGCAUGAAGUACGACCCGUCCAAACACAGCCACAACAUCAAGAGGCUGGAGGCCGAGCCCGACACCACCUCCGUGGCCCAGCUCACCUGGGAGGUCCCGGGGGGGGACGAUGACAUCAGCAAGAAGAGGAGGGGCGAGUUCCCCCCGACCCAGCCCUGGAGGCCCAAGAGAACCAGGACGGAGCCGGACCCAGCCAGUGCUGAUGCUGAACAGACUAAUGGUCUGGCUGGUGGCCACACGGCUGAGGAGGAGAUCCACAGCAUCUCCCAGGGUGCACCUGGGCCCAGAGUAGAGGAGGAUAUCCUGGAAGUGGUUCGAGCGGACUUCCUGGCGCGGUCCAGAAAGUUCAAUCAAGGUGGGAAGGGAGAGGAGGAGGAGUACGACUCGGCAGACACAGACGAGCUGCUGGCCUCCAACAAGCCUCCGCCCUCCUCCCUCCAAGAGAACGCCAGGAAACGCAGCCUCCCGUCGGCCUCCGGGAGAGACCAGAAGAGGAGAUCUCUUCCUCUGUUCCAGUCGCCCUCCUCCGAUGAAGAGGAUGAAGAGGACAAGGAUAACACGGACGCCCUCAAGCCAUCAGACCCUAAAGCAGACAUGAGCCAACAAUCACAGACGACAAUCUCCCGAUUGAAACCUUCACCUGUGGAAGAUAGAAAUGGAGAGGUAGAGGCAGAGAAUGAUGAAGAGGAUGAGGUAGAGGAAGACAGUAACAAAGAGUCAGAGAAUGAUGAACAGGCUGAGGUAGAGUCAGAUCAUGAUGAUGAAGAAGAAGGUGAUGUAGAGUCAGAUCAUGAUGAAGAGGCUGAUGUAGUGGCAGAGAAUGACCAAGAGGCAGAGAAUGAUAAAGAUGGUGAUGUAGAGGCGGAGAAAGAUGAUGAAGAAGAAGGUAAUGUAGAGUCAAAUGAUGACGAGGGCAGUGACGAAGAGUCAGAUCAUGAGGAAGAGGGAGACAUAGAGUCGGACGGCGAUGACGAUUCGGACUACGAAGCCAUAUUCUCAAACUGCACCAGACUGGAGAUCUCCCUGGCUGACCUGCAGCGCAUCGCCAAGGAGGCUGAAACUACAACUCCCAGCAUGCCCCAGCCCCCAGGAGGAGGAGCAGCAGCAGCGGCAGCAGGAGGCCCGGCAGCAGGAGCGCCGUCUCCUCGUCCUAAGAAGGGAACCACUCCUGAGGAGAUCCUAGCCAGCCUCCUGGAGGAUGACAGCGGUGACGAUGACAGGAACAACAAGAAGAAGAAGAAGAAGAAGAGGGGCAGCAUGGCGGCCAUGCUCCCCGCCUUCCAGGGAACCAGCGGCCUGCUGGGGGAGAAGGAGGAGGAGAAGGAGGAGGAGGGAGGAGGAACCAGCAGGAGGAGCCAGGAGCCAGCAGAACCCUGCAGGGUCUCUCAGAGGGCCGGGACAGAACCAGAACCACAGGAGAAGGUGGUUCCUCCUCCUGCCUCCACUCAGAAGGUCAAAGGUGGUAAGGUUUCUGUGACCAAUGAGGAGGAAGACUCCUCCUCAAGUGAAGAGGAGGAGGAGGUGGAGAAGGAGGCGGUUCCUCCUGCCUCCACUCGGAAGAUGAAAGGUGGUAAAGUUUCUGUGACCAAUGAGGAGGCAGACGACGACUCCUCUAGUGAGGAGGAGGAGGUUCCCCCUGCAUCAAUUCAGAAAAACAAGAGUAGUAACAUUACUGUGACCAAUGAGGAGGAGGAGGAGGACGACUCCUCUAGUGAGGAGGAGGAGGUUCCCCCUGCAUCAAUACAGAAAAACAAGACUAGUAACAUUUCUGUGACCAAUGAGGAGGAGGAGGAGGACGACUCCUCCAGUGAGGAGGAGGAGGUGGCACCUCCUGCUUCAACUCAGAAGAUCAAAGGUGGUAAUGUUUCUGUGAUGGAGGAUGACGAUGACGACGACUCCUCUAGUGAGGAGGAAGAGGAGGUCCCUCCGGCCUCCACUCAGAAGAUCAAAGGUGGUAACAUGUCUGUGACCAAAGCCGACGAAGACGACUCUUCCUCCAGUGAGGAGGAGGAGGAGGUUGGGGUGACGGCGACGGCGACGGCAUCACACCUCAGUCAGGAGAAUUCAUCCAGCAGCAGCAGCGAGGAAGAGGAGGAGGAAGAUGAGGAAGUGGAGCAGCAGGUGGCAGCAGCAGCAGGGCCAGACAGAGUCCUGGACCCCAAGCGGCAGCUCCUGGACAACAAGAAGAGGCUGCAGGCUGUGGUCCAGAGGCACCAGGCCACCCAGAACCAGAGAAGCCUGAUCCAGGGAGCCCUAGCCAGCCUGGACACGUCUGCUGCCGCCCCAGGCCAACACAUCGUCUUCGGCUCCGAUGAAGAGGAGGAGGAGCCUGAUGAGGCAGCAGCACCGGCCAACUGCAAGGCUCCUCUGAAAGAGAAGGACCUGAAGAAGGCGUCAGGCUCCAAGCUGUUCGAGGAUGAGGAGGAUGAAGGAGAGGGGGAUGAUGACAGAUUUCUGAUCAAACCUCAGUUUGAAGGCCGAGCCGGACGCAAGCUGAUGGCGAUCCAGUCGGGCUUCGGGAUAGACGAUCGGUUCCGGAUGGAUUCUCGCUUCGCAGAGAGCGAUGAAGAGGGGGAGGAGGAGGAGAAGGGGGAGGCCACAGGCGAGGUGGUGAAGAGUGGAGUGGAGGAAGAGGAGGAGUGUCUGGACGAGGAGAGGAAGACGAACCUGUCCAUCCUGCAGAGCGUCCUGAAUGACAACCCGCAGCUCAACACAAAGCCCAAGGCCGUCGCCAAGACGCACACCUUCAGAGAUGUGCAGGCGCUGCACUACGACCCCAGCCGUCAGGAGCACGAGGUGUUUGAGGACAAGAUGGAGGACGCCGCCAAAGAGGGCAAGGCGAGCAGGAAGAAGAAGAAGCAGAAGGCGGCGGAGCUCCCGGAGGUUUCCAAGGAGAUGUACUACGACGUGAGUGCGGAGCUGAAGGGUGUGUUCGGAGGGGGGGCGCCGGGGGGCGUCGCCGCCCCGCAGGAGGCCCCCUGCUGGGACCGCCAGGAGGAGGCCCCGGAGGAGGAGGAGCAGGGGGAGACGCAGGGGGAGGCGAAGGAGGAGCUGUCCGUCUUCAAGUUCUCCUUCUUCCAAGAGGAGACGCCAGCGAUCAAGGAGACAGAGUAUCGGGUGGAGGCCAUCAAAGAGCCGCGGGUGUCGUGGCAACUCGAAUCUGGUUUCCAUGACAGCAGCGAUGAGGAUGAGGACGAGGCUGCUGCUGCUGGGGUUGAUGAUGAAGAAAAGGUCCAACAGAACAGCUGUGAUCCCGCAGAGGAGAGCGUGAUGUCUUGCAACAGGGAAUUAUUCUUCUACUACCCUGAGGACAGCAGACUGACAGACGGUCCUCUGUCAUUCUGCCGCUCAACUCUCCUGAAGGAAAACGACUGGGAGGAGAAAAGAAACGCACUCAUACAGGACUGUCGCAAUACCCACAAGAAAGCCCGCAGGAAAUGCACCAAGAAGCGCUGAGGAUUGUGGGUAACCAUGUGGUGGCUGUCGGGCUGAAAGGAACAGCGGUCAUCUCUCCAUCAGCUUCCUGUUUCUUUGUGCCUGCUUCCUUUGAGACUUCCGUUCAUCCCCGGAACACGAUUGGCCGGUCUUUCUCUCAACCGUUAACCCCUGGAAUCCUAGAGCAGUACUUCCUGCAUAACAGGAAGUACAUCAGCAGGUAGUGUGAGGCCACUUCCUGUACUGACUAGACAUUAAUUUCAGUGUGGUUUUAUUUUAUAGUAUUAUAUAAGAGUCAGUUAAGAGCCGACAUCUUGUCUUCUCUCCGGCAUUAUUUUCUUAAUGUCAUUUCAAAGGCAAUGCCUCGGGUACUGUCUUUCAUUCACAGAACUAUGAGUACAGUCAGAAACACUUUGGUUUCAAUCGGUCAGAACAAUGGGUACAGUCAGAAACACUUUGUUUACAUCAGUUUCAGUCUUUCAUUACCAGAACUGUACAGUCAGAGUAUAGCAGGGCAUCAGCGGCCAUCUUGUGUAUAUAUAUGAUGGUUGAUGUGUAUAUACAUGCAGCAGGAUGGCCAAUUAUGAAGUAUGAAAUAUUAACAGAGGGCAUCGAUAAGAACAGCUGAUAGCCCGGUGUGCUGCUAGUGGAACAGCUUGCUUCUUAUUUAAGCAGUUGAAACAGGAAACAUGGAUUAGGUUAGGGACAAAUACAGCUUUUUGUUAAAUAAAGUCAUUAAAAAGAAA